AUGGAAUCCAGCACUGUUGCAGCACCUUUUCUCUCCAACCAGUCCGAUCGACGACCUCAGCAUCUUGCUAUCCCUGGGUCUGCCGACCACAACGCUUUGAUGAACCAAUUCCACGGCUUGAGCCUCGCUGGCAUGGGCAUGUCUGCCCCUCAAGCUGGAUCUGUUGCCAUGCAGCCACCUUACAUGGUUUCCCCUGAUGGCCUUAUCCUUGCCCCCAUGCAGGGUGCUCAGCCUUUGUCCAUGAACCAUCCCAAUGAGUCAAACUAUUCUGGCUAUCAGAUCAACGGAGGCUAUGCCGGCCCAUAUGCACUUCCCGGACCCCUUAUUCCAUUCACCCCAGCUCGUGCCAACGCUGCAAACCCUCGUGAUCGAACCCAGUCAGAUGUUCCCGGUUUGGAGAAUCGCCGUGGUUCUUACUCGACCACAGAGUCUGCCCCUGCCACUCCUUUCUAUGGAAGCUGGCACCCUCGCGAGCAUGGUCCCCGGGUUCACAGUGACCGAUCUGCUUACACCACACCAUCACCUCACCAGCUCCUGGUUGCCCAGCACGCCGAGGCUGCGAACAAGCCAAAGCCCUCCCCUGUAUCUGAACGCGCGCUGGAUGAGCUUCUGGCAAAGAACCCAGCUAUUCCCCAGGCAGUACCCGCCGUCUUCACUCCCGCAGGUCAUAUGAAGAGCCUCGAACAGAGCCUUGAGAACCGAAUUCCUGGCAACCGCAACGUCUACAUCCGCGGUCUCCACCCCACCACCGACGAUGAACUGCUGUUCCAUUACGCCUCUCGUUUUGGUGACGUCGAGACCUCCAAGGCCAUCAUUGACACCGGUACAGGCGCUUGUAAGGGAUUUGGGUUUGCCAAAUUUUACGAGGUAUCCCAGUCCGAGAUGUGCAUCCGCGGAUUCCACCGCCUUGGAUAUGAAGUUGGUUUCGCUCGGGAAUCCUUCAACUCUCGCCUCAAGGCUGAAGGCGAUGAGCUCUCAACCAACCUCUACAUUUCCAACCUGCCCAAGUCCUUGACCGAGGUGGAACUUGGUGUCAUCUUCCGGGGCUACACCAUCUUGUCCAGCAAAAUUCUUCGCGACAGCAUGGGCAAUAGCCGAGGUGUUGGUUUCGCUCGCUUUGAGAAUCGCGACGUUUGUGAUGAUGUGAUCGACAACUUUCAUGGCCAGCCUGUUGGCGAGGAAGGUCUUCUCAUGAACAUUCGCUAUGCCGAUACCCCAGCCCAGAAGGAAUUGAAGCGUGUCACCGCUGAGCGCCGCCAGUUCCGAACCAACGAGUACAACAUUGGUGCCUACGGUACUCCUCUCGUCGGCUACGGUGGCUCCAUGUUCCCCCAUCAUGCACAGAACCGACGAGCGGCAGUCCCUAUUACCCGCCCUCCUAUGUCUGCGGACCACACUGGAUCUGAUACCAGCGAUGCGGAUCGACGUGCGGGACCUCAGCGUCAACCCACUGGAACAGCUCCCAACUUGUCCGCCGAUGACGCAGUCGUCACGCCCACGUCGUCCGAGUGUGGUGAGAACACGACCGUUCGUGCUGAGACCAUUGUCGCUGGUACCUCUUUCGACGCAUCCCCUUCUCUCAAGAAGGAACCCAAGAAGGAAGUUUAA